AUGUCUACCUUAAACAGUCUGGAGGGCCCCUCGGAGCUGCCGGGAGAGGACUGUGUCAGCUUUUGUCUGUCUGGCAUGCCUGACAUUAAAGUAGAACAUGUGAUGGACUCAAACACAGAAGAAGGCCAGGCUCAGAAUGUGGCGAUGGGAAUGAAGUUCAUUUUGCCAAACAGAUUUGACAUGAAUGUUUGUUCUCGCUUUGUGAAGUCUUUAAACGAAGAAGAGAGUAAAAAUAUUCAAGAUCAAGUCAAUUCAGAUUUGGAAGUAGCUUCUGUAUUAUUUAAAGCUGAAUGCAAUAUACACACUUCACCAUCUCCGGGUAUACAAGUCAGACAUGUGUACACACCAUCAACAACCAAGCACUUUUCUCCCAUCAAGCAGUCUACAACACUGACAAAUAAACACAGAGGCAAUGAGGUAUCGACCACCCCGCUGCUAGUAAAUUCCCUGUCUGUUCAUCAGCUGGCUGCUCAGGGGGAGAUGGUCUAUUUGGCAAGCCGACUUGAACAAGAAAAUGUGAUUAAUCUCACAGAUGAAGAAGGCUUUACUCCUCUGAUGUGGGCUGCAGCACAUGGACAGAUUGCAGUGGUGGAAUUCCUUCUACAAAAUGGGGCCGAUCCUCAAAUCCUUGGAAAAGGACGGGAAAGUGCCUUGUCACUAGCUUGUAGCAAAGGUUACACGGAUAUAGUAAAAAUGCUGGUGGAGUGCGGAGUAGAUGUUAAUGAAUAUGACUGGAAUGGAGGAACACCACUGCUGUAUGCUGUACAUGGGAAUCACGUGAAAUGUGUGAAGAUCCUGUUAGAAAAUGGAGCGGAUCCAACCAUCGAGACAGACUCUGGAUACAACUCCAUGGAUCUGUCUGUAGCUCUUGGCCACAGGAGUGUUCAGCAGGUCAUUGAGAAUCAUCUCCUUCAGCUUCUCCAAAGUAUUAAGGAAUAA